CUUAUUCAGGUGGAGGCCCUGCAAGCUCAGAUAGAAGAACAGACACGAUUAUCCAAGGAACAGGUUGAGGCACUACUAGAGGACAGGCGGAUUCACAUGGAGGAAGCCCAGGUUCAGCAUCAGAGGGACCAGGACAGGAUCAAAACUAUAACAGAUAAGCUUCAUAAGACCCAAAAUCUCUUAUAUGAGAGUACCCGUGACUUUCUUCAGCUCAAGUUUGAUGCCCGAGCCAAUGAGAAAGCAUGGAUGGCAGAGAAGGACAGUCUGUUGAGGAAACUUGACAAAGAUCUGGAUCAGCUUAUUAUCAGCAGGGAGCCAGGAAGAGAGAAGAAGCAGAGAGAUACCAAGAAGAUGCUUAGAGCAGAUGAUGGAGCUUGGAAACUCCACAGCAGAGAAAUAAAGUCACUGCAAGAACAGCUAAGGCAGGAACAGCGCCUAUCAAACAUGUAUAGAGAGCAGUGUGUCACCCUGGAAGGUGAGCUGGCUAGGAUUCGUGAGGAGGGAGAUGCUGGCAGAGAACUCUCUAAGGAACGCUCAGAAAAGAUGGGGAAGCGCCUGAAGCUGAUGACUCAGCGAUAUGAGGCCUUGGAAAAACGUCGUAAUAUGGAAGCAGAAGGCUUCAAGAAUGACAUUAAACAGCUUCGGCAGAAGCUGAAAGAUGUAGAGAAGCAGCUUUUUAAGGUGACUCUGAACAUUGGACCAGACCAGGAUCUUGCAAUUCUACAUGAGCUCUGCCAAGGAAACAGACUAACCCGUAAAAUUCAAGGAGAACUAAAAAACUUAAAAGCAAAGAUCUAUGGCUUAGAGAAUGAACUACGGGUCUGCUGA